AAACCUGGAAGCUUUUCUUCAUCAAAACCAGCACAAACCUUGAUGAUGCACUGCUGAAAUUUUCCAACAAGACUCCCAGUGUCAGCAAUGUGUCUCUGUCCGAUGUGCUGGAUGUGAUCGAUGACAUCCGGAUCAGUCGCUUUAGUCCCCAGAGACUGAAGGAUCCUGUCUUCAUCCAGUCAUGGUUCCAGGGACGACUGAACCCCUUCUUACCAUCCAUCUCUCAAAGACUCCUGUCCUGCCUCGGCACCAGAAACUUCACCUGUGAAAGUUACCGCACUAUUUACUCAGAUCUAAAUAAUAAUUUUGGACUGAUGAACAGUGCAACACAGAGAUUUGUCCUCAGUGACUUUAUUCGUCCAUUCCUGUCACAACGUCAAAACACAGGUAUCGAUUGCACAUUGCCAUUUAACAACAGCGUGGACUUCAUCCUGCAAAACUUCGGCAGUUUCUCUCCGUUGGCACGGCUUCAAGAUUUCUCCAGUUUCAGCCGCAAUUUUUCAGCUGUGGAUGCUGUUUCUGUUCUCACAAUGAGACAGCUGGAGGAACUGGUGUUCAGUCCUCCUGCUAAACCAGAAGACAGAGGAAACAUCCUCACAAAAGUCUUUGACUUCCUUCUUAAAGACUCCAACAGAGACAAACUAAACAACUUCCUGCCCUCUCUUCAGGCACAGGCCAGAAAGGCAAACUUCAACUGUAGUGACUACAAAGUCAUUUUUGACAGGAUGGAUCAGACAUUAUCGUCAGUCGCUCCUAACCAGUCUGAAGCCCUGCUGACGAUCAGAGACUCUGUGAUGAUGAUUCCUCCUGACGAGUGCAUUGAGAGAACGAUCCAAUGCACAACAACUCCUGUAAAUGAGUCUGUCCUCUGUGCGAGUGUCAACAGCUCUGCCGUGGAUCAGUUCUUGAACGGACUGACUCCAAACACACCAGGACUUUGUAACUUCACUGUGGUGCAGUUUGCCUGUCUACCAACGCUCUCACAGUUAAACUCUCAACAAGUGGCUGACCUGCUGGCUUGCAAACUGUCCAGCAAUGUGACAAAAGAAACCUGGAAGCUUUUCUUCAUCAAAACCAGCACAAACCUUGAUGAUGCACUGCUGAAAUUUUCCAACAAGACUCCCAGUGUCAGCAAUGUGUCUCUGUCCGAUGUGCUGGAUGUGAUCGAUGACAUCCGGAUCAGUCGCUUUAGUCCCCAGAGACUGAAGGAUCCUGUCUUCAUCCAGUCAUGGUUCCAGGGACGACUGAACCCCUUCUUACCAUCCAUCUCUCAAAGACUCCUGUCCUGCCUCGGCACCAGAAACUUCACCUGUGAAAGUUACCGCACUAUAAUUACGACUUUUGUGAAUGCACUUUUACGAGAUAGACAAGACACUUGCAAUCCACUGCCACCCAAUGGCACUAAAACACAGAGUGAUCUUAUCUACACAGACUUCAUGAAAGUCUUCCUCUCUCGCAGAGACACUAACGAUCCCGGGUGCCUUACUGACACAGCUGGCAUUAUACAAUGGGUCAACAAAAACUUUGGGCCAUUCAUUCAGUCAGCUCCCCUAAAGGACCUUGAGCAACUGAACAGAAACUUUACAGCGGUGGAUGCUCUACCUCUCCUGGGUCUAAGACAACUAUUUGAGUUUUCUGUAACUCCUGGCGCACUAAUUAAUUCUGAAGAUGUCACCAAUGUCAUGAAGUAUGUUAAGGAUUGCCAGCUUCCUGCUUUCUUUGACCUCUACUCCCCAAAAGUUCAGGAGAUCAAGCCCCCACAAGAUGUAAAAACAGCACUGAUUAAACAGGUAUUUGACAGAGUCAGUCUGUCUACUCUAAGCAUCACUAAUCAGGAAGCAAUUGUCUGGAUCCAGAGCAGACUAAAACCUCUGUUAGACAGCUUUUCAGAAAGCUUUGUGUCUCCAUUAUUCACCAUCCUCAACACAAGGGACUGCAAUAUAGCUCAAACUGCCUUGGGGCUAUUAGAUGCUGUUCGAGCUACACUACCCAUAAACACCAAAAAUGCAAUCUACAAUAACAUUCUUCAAUCCAUCAAAGGGCCACAGCCUCUGAGGUGCUACCGAAAUAACAGCUUUAUUGCAUUUGUGAAUGAAAGCCUGUACGGAUUUGGGCCGUUUCCAAAUGUGAAUUCCUUCCUCUCUCUGAUACCGCCAACUCGGAAAUCUGAGCUUGUAAACUCUAUAGCUCCUUCUGAGCUGGGAAACUACUUGAGGCAGGCGGACGUGGUGAACAGCGAUUCACAAAUCUGUGCCAUCUUCAACAACUUUGCCAAAACCCCUGAGUUCUUGGAAACCCAAGACGUUCCAGAUAAUGUUAAAAGCGCCACCCUUCCCUGUGUCUGGCCUAUGGCGUUGAGAAGCGACAACGAGACAGAGGCUGAUUUGUGGUUUAACCGUAGACUGAAGCCCUACUUGAAGUUCCUAAACAAAAAUCUAAUAGGGUCACAAGAGACACUGAACUCAUCUUGCCAAUCAUACAAGAAAAUGGUCGGUGUUUUAGGCAAUGGUUUCACCUUUACUGGCUCUCAGAUUACAGAUCUGGAUGUGUACAACACCAUCAAGACAUAUCUAAAAACAGACACUGACGCAAAAUGCUACAACCCAUUUGACCCAAGUCUGAAUUCAACUGCAUGGUUUGUCAACAACAUUGGCGCAUUUAUAACUUUCUUGACUCUGGAUGAUCUCUACUCUUUCGGCCCUGAGAGCACGAUGCAAACAUUCGCUGUGAACCCCGAUAACAUAAAGCUGUUCAAUCAAGUAUCACUUCCGAAAAACGUCUUCAGUCGCUACACUGAACUCAUCUUUCUAAAAAACCCAAGCUUUAAUCUUUUUGAUUUGCCUUCAAAUUUGCAGUGCGAUGCCCCAGUAUUGGUCUUCACUAAAUUGACUGAAGGUCAAACUAAUACUAUUCUUGCAAACUUCAAGACAUCUUGCACUGAUGUGGAUCCUGCGAUAUCUACUGCCCUGACGGCAAACAUCAAGACCAUUGAUGCUAGUGCUAUUACCAGCUUGGGAAGCCAGAUUGUUGGGCUAACAACUGCACAAUUAAACGCAGCACCUCCUUCGGUUCUUAUCAAUAGUCUCGCAACACUGGGCAGUACGUCUGGAUGGUCCCUCGGACAAGCCAAGUCAAUCAUAGCAGUGCUUUUCAGUGGAGAUUUUAAGAUCGACUCUCCCAGCAAGUUGGUGAGUCUAGGAUCACUGAUUGGUGGGAUUCCGUCAACAGUACUCACAGUCAUUUCACCGGAUCAGAUUCUUCAAACAACACAAAACACACAAUUCAUACAAAACAUAGUUGCUGCCCCAGAGAUUGUACAAAAGGUCUUUGUGAACCAGAUAAUCAAAGUGGGAUCUACAGUAUCUAACUUAAUGAAGAACAUUCCCAGUGACUUGGCCGUUCAAAUUCCAAGAACGUUCCUGGAGAUAACUAGUGUAGAGACAAGCGUUCUGCAAGAGUUUAACACAAAAAAGUGGAAACCUGAACAGGCAGUUCUUUUCUUUGAUUCUGUGGCAAAUGUUUUUGAUCAACCCGAUGACCUUUCAGUGGAAAUUUUGCAAGGAUUUACUUGCUCUCGAGUGCAGACAUUUACCGUAACCAAAAUCAAAGGCCUGAUCAAAGCCUGCCGACCGAGACUGGGCAGAACUAAGGUGGUACUGAGCGAGACUCAGCUGACUUGCAUGUACAACCUUGUUAGGAAGGAAUCACCAUUCGAUUUUGAAAACUAUCCUUCAGAUAUGUUGCUAUACUUCAAUUAUGCAACGAUCAACAAAACCCUCUGCAAAGCAUAUUUUACCCAAGUCGGAGCAGCAGAUCUCUCAAUCUUUUCAAGCACUCUGAGCGGAAGAAGGGACAUUUUGUUGAAUAAUGCUAUAGAUUGCUUGGGCAUUAAUGGGACAAGCAUCAAGAAACAGGAUCUGACAGUGCUCGGCAACUUGGUAUGUGCUGUGAGUGGGGAUGUCAUCAAAAACUCAGACCCAGAAAUCCUUGAAAACUUAAAGAACUGCAAAUACCUGUCCGAUUCGCAAAUAUCAGCCAUGCAAGAACUUCUAAUGAAGGGAACUUCACAAUAUGGACAAACAAGCAAGUGGAAUCAGAAAACACUGAAUGACCUGGAAUUUCUUCCAUUGUACUUCUCACAAAGUUUUUGGGGCUCAUUCACAAAGAGCGAUGUAGGCAAGUUCUUGAAAACCUUCUUAAAGUCUUUGAGGGAACUAAAAACACCGAAGGCACAAAUGAAAAAGCUGUUUACAGCAAUCUUUUUAUCUACAUACAGAACCAAGAGGACAGUGACUUGUGACAGUGGGUACAUCACUAGUGUUACCAUCAGCGAUGAGGCCUUUCCCUUUGGAUAUAAUGCGGAUCAGUUCCGCUACUGUCUGAAUGCAACCGUAGUGAGGGACAACCUCGCUAGCCUGUGUCAAAAGAUCGAGGAUAGCACCUAUCAGAGAACCAUUUUGGACAAACUCAAAGAGAUACAGCCGAGUGGGCUUUCAGAUGAUCAGGUCCAGGUGCUGAAGUCCGUGUCCAGGAGCGCUACAGUGGAUGAAAUCAGUAAAUGGAACAUCACUAAAUCUGACACCCUGGCAGCGCUCAUGGACGCCAAUGAUGGCGACUGGCCCUCUGCACAGAGCGAACUAAUCAUUACCAGAUACCUAAGCGCCAACAACAGUCUGGGCUCCACUGAGCUCAAUCUCGUGAAAGGACCAAACCUCUGCUCUCUGAAUGCCAGCGUGUUAUCAACAAUAUUGCCUGCCAGUAUGCGGGAGUCUGAUGCUUUGGAUGUGACAAAAUGUUCAACUGAGAAAAAGAAAGCACUCUUCACCGUCGCUAACAAAGCAUUUCCUAUAUCAGCCACAAGUAGUAAAAGUGUCAUCCUGUCAGCCUUCCAGCUCAUCGAAACCUAUCUGGGAGGUGCAGAUCUAAUCUACAUUAAGAAUCUGUCAUCAUAUAAUGUGAGCAUGAGCAUGUCCACUUUCAUAAAUCUGGAUCCAAGCGUGAUCUCGAGCCUCACCAUAUCAGAUGUAGUGGGUCUUCUUGGAAGCAAUUUGCAGGAUCUGAAAACAUUUGAAAACCAAACCGUCGUGUCGACCUGGAUCUCACUGCAGUUACAGUCAGAGCUGGAUAAACUCAAUCUCAAUCUGAAGGGAGGCAAAGCAACAGCUGACACAACGGUUGCUACAACGGUUGCUACCACCGUAGCGACAACUAUAGCUACGACUGUUACCACGGUCAAAACCACUGCAGGCGCUCCAGGAACCGCAGCCCAUGGAUGGACGGUUUCCUUCAGCAUUCUUGUGCUCAUUUUAACCAUGAAAAUGGAGAUUAUAUAGCAGCGCUGAGAUGAUAUUCUGCAGUUGAAGGAAUAUAAACAUACAGAAUAUUACAAUCUGAUCAAUCACAUUUUCUGUCAUUCUAUUCAUGUUUUUCCCGACAAAUUAAUUCACACAUGGAAAAAGAAGAACUUUUGCACUACUAGUCAAAGCAAAGGAUAUGUAGCAUUUGAUUUAAAUACUUGUACAAUUGUCUCAAACAAUAAAGAGUCUAUAUUUAAGUGUUUCAGACAUCUAGAAUUGUUAUAAAUUUCCUGGCCUUUUCUUGAAUAUGGCAAAAAGUAAGUGUUCAAUGACUUGUACCCGUUUAUUUGUGACAAUGAUCAUAACUAAUAAUGUCAAAUGUAGUCAUACACGUUAAUAAAAAGGUACUCUAUGAUGAACAAAA